GAAGAAAAUUUUUGUCAAUUUUUGAGGUUAAUGUCUUCGACUAGAUACGAUUUGGGAUUUUUUGACGUAUCGUUGAAAGAAAUCCGUUUGGUGAGAGCUGAGAAAAAGUGGUAACAGAUACAAAAAUAAAACACAUCAUAGUAAAAUCAAUACCUUCUCAGUUUCGCAUCGAAGCUAAAAGGGAUGAAUUAGAAUGUUUGACCUUCUAAAGUUUUCGAAUUCCAUCUUUUACUAUAAUGUCGGUAACGCAAACCGAUACCAUGGAAGAACUAAUAAAAAAGGGAUUUGAAUUUUUUGACAAACAUUUCCCUGGUGGUAAAAAACCUGACAAAAUGGGAGUUGGACCAGGUCGUGUUAAUUUAAUUGGAGAACACACAGAUUACAAUGAAGGUUACGUUUUGCCUAUGGCAUUACCUAUGGUGACAAUCAUGCUAGGUAGAACUAAUGACACUGAUACUUGUCGGGUUGUAACAGCAUCUUCAGACAUUGACUGUGCAAAGGAGUCAAAUUAUGCCGAAUUUAAAAUUCCAUCCAUAAAACCUUUGUCAGUAGGUGUACCAAAAUGGGCAAACUAUGUCAAAGGAGUGAUUGCAUGCUUCCAAAGUAUAGUAGUAGGAUUUGACGCAGUAAUUUUAUCGAGUGUGCCAUUAGGUGGUGGAUUGUCUAGUAGUGCAUCUCUAGAAGUAGCUACUUAUUCAUUCAUUGAAGCUAUUACAGGAAAUAAAACAACUCAGUUAGUUAAAAAAGUUAUGGUGUGUCAAAACGCUGAACACAUGUUUGCAGGAGUACCAUGCGGUAUAAUGGACCAGUUUAUUUCCGUGAUGGGAGUAGAUGGCCAUGCAUUACUCAUAGACUGCAAAACACUACAACACGAACUAGUUCCAUUCACUGAUACAAAUUACCUAUUUUUAAUUACUAAUUCAAAUAUACAUCAUGAAUUAUCUGAUGGCCAAUAUCAGCUAAGAAGGUUUCAAUGUGAAGAAGCAAGUGAUUUACUAAAUGUCACUAGCCUUAGAUCAGCUACAUUAGACAAUUUAAAUAGAGCUCGUGAUGAGGGUAAAAUCAAUUUAGUAAUUUAUAAACGAGCUAAACAUGUAAUUACUGAAAUUGAACGAACAAAAACAGCAGCCAAUGUAUUAUCACAAGGAGAUUAUAAAAAAUUUGGUGAACUUAUGAACGAAAGUCAUAAUUCAUUAAGGGAUGAUUUUGAGGUUUCUUGUCGAGAAUUGGAUCAAUUAGUUGAACUAGCCAGAAAAGUUCCCGGUGUUUUAGGUUCUCGUAUGACAGGAGGAGGAUUUGGUGGAUGCACUAUUACAUUGGUUGAGCGAAAUAUAGUGGAUUUGGUUGUUGACAUUAUCAAUUCAGAAUAUAAACAGGAUCCAAAAUUUUACGUAGUGUCACCAUCAUGUGGUGCAAAAAUAUUCACAUCUUUAUAAAUAAUUUAUUGUUAAUAUUAUUUUGUAUUUAAAGGUUAUGGCGAAAUAAUCUACUCGUUUCCCACAAACUUUUUAUAGUUAGGGAUUAAUUUUGUUGCACUAUGAUAUAGUGCAAUUAGUUUAAAUACAUCAUAGCUUUAUUCAUCAAGCUUUUUGAAAAAUUGCUCAACCUUUUAUGUGAUUGAGAUUGUGUAAGUUUUAUACAAUUUAUGUAGUUUAAACAUUCAUAUGUUUAAUUCAUAUUAAUAUUUACAACUAUAUUUUAAUAAAGUUAUAUUUAUGAAAA